AAGAAGAGAGAUUCGAAAAUGAACACAAGGAAAUUGUUUUUAGUUACUGGAAAAGUGCUCAUUUCCUUUGGAAUCCUAAGCCUCAUUUCGGGAAUUAUUGCUUUUUUUCCUGUUUUUUCUUAUAAACCAGGGUUUCUUGGAUGGAGCAUUCGCCUUGCUUCUCCCAUCUGGAGUGGAUAUUUGGCUGUUAUUGCAGGUGUCCUUAUUAUUCUGGCUGAGAAACAGUGGACUUCGGGAUACCUGUGGGAGGCUGCUUUUGCCUUUAGCAUCUUCAAUGUCAUCAGCUCUCCUGUUCAAGGCGCUAUCACAAUGGCAUCUCUUCUUCUGGGCCCCUACUGCUAUUAUUCUUUUGCUGGGGUUUCAGGUACAAACUACCUCAGUUAUGCCAUUUCAUCAUUUUUUCCUUAUGGCAAGUUUGCUUCUUCAUGCAAAGAUCCAUUGCAUUAUGAGUGGUAUCACCUGGUGCUGCAAAUUCUAGACCUCAUUUCUGGCCUUGUCAUUCUAAGUGCAUCUUUGAUCACUGUGGUCAAGCUCACAACAAGACUCUUCCAAUUUGGACAUUUAAAUGGAGAAAGGAAUUCAUGGUGAUCCGGGACCUCCUUACAUCUGGACUGAGCUUCAUGGAGGUGCUUGAAUGUCAACACCACAACAGGAAUAAUUGCCAACUAAUCUCCAGUUAAAUGAUACAAUAAACAUUUUAAUUUAGAUGCAUAAUCAUCUAGGAACAUAGAUUCUUAAAAAUCCAAAUAGCGUUGUAAACCAUUGUAAACAAUAAGCUUCUGGUACAGAAAUCUGCAUUUUUUGUCUAUUUCAGCUGUAUGAAAUUUGUUUUCAAAAUGGCCACCCACAUUCUCUUAAGAUUCUCUUAAGAACAUCUAACAAAGGAAGAUCAACCACCUCCUAAGGCAGGUCUGUUCCAUUGUUGAACAGUUCUUAUCAUUCAGACAUUUUUUCCUGAUGCCCAGCUGCAAUGUACUUCCUUGUAAAUAAACCAUUGUUUUCUGUCCUGAUUUCUGAACAACUAUGACUAAUUCUAUCCCUCUUUUACAUGAUGGUCUUUCAGAUAGAGAUAGUUCUCACAUUACAUCCAUUCAAUGACCAUUCAAAGUUGAAGGGGCACUUAUGACAGGCUUCAGAGUUGCAUCAGUUGCAACAUCUCACGUGAUUGUGGUCAUGUGAUUGUGAUUCGGAGUUUGGCAACCAGCUCACAAUUGCAACAUUGCAGUGUCCCACAAUCAUGUGAUCACCAUUUGUGACCUUCCCUGCCAGCAUCCCAUAAGCAAAAUCAAUGGGAAAAUCUGAGAGAAGUCACACAGUAAGUUGCUCCUGCAAGUUGUUCUUCCCUGGGUGAUAGGAGGAUACUGCCCUCCAUAGCUCCUCUCUACACUCCAUAAAACCCACCCAGCCCCUCACCCCCCUUCUUGCAUCCACCCGUACUAUCCACAUGUGACUGGCUAUGAAGGCCAUCUGCUGAGAAAUUAGUGAACUUCCUUGUGCAGUUGUUGGCCACUCUGAAAUUAGACUGCAGGACUACAUGGGCAAUUGAUCUGCUUAUAUUCUUCUGAAGACAGUUCAAGUUUCUGCAGACUUUUGUUCUCCAGACUAAACUCAUCUGAUGCCUCCAACCAUUCUUCAUAUGGUUUUCCUUUCAGCUCCCUUAUCAUCUCAAUUGCUCUUCUCUAGAAAUGCUCUACUUUGUCAAUAUCUUUAUUAAGCUGUGCGCCCAAAACUGGACACAUUGUUCUGAAUGUAGAUUGAUUAAUGAAGAAUGGAGAGGAACAAUUAUUUCUUUUUGAUGAGCAUAUCAAUGACCUCACUUUCACUGUAUUCCAACAGUAAUCUUCUAUA